GGCGUGGCCACGCUAACUUGAAUGGGGCAGCAGCAGACGCGGCUCGUGGCCGCCGCGUCCCAGCGUCGUCUGAGCGCUCUCUCCUCGUAUGCGUCCUGGAUCGUUUCCAACUCCGUUCCUCUGCAUAACUGGCUGACAGCGACACAUCCUGGGCAGUUAUACUCUGCGUACAUAUCAACCCCCUCGCAGUAGAUUUCUCCGUUCUGAUGCAGAUGGCCCUGUCUAAGCAGUGGCUGAGGAUCGCGGAGCGUGGGAUGAUGAUGAUGAUGGCAACGUGAAGCGCGGAGAGGGGCGGCGAGGGUGGUCUCGAGAGACGGCGGGGGAUCGCCAUGGCGGAGGCGCAGGCCACCGUCGAGUUCUCCGUGGAGCUUCACAAGUUCCACAACGUGGACCUCUUCCAGCGAGGGUUUUACCAGCUGCGGGCCGCUCUGAAGGUUCCUCCGCGGAUACCACACAAAGUGGAGGUCAGCUUGCCCCAUAAAAAUGGAGGGGACCCGGUGUCAAAGGCCACGGUGUUAGGCCCCGCCUCCGUGUCCAGCCGCACCUUCCAGAUCCUGUACAAGAGCGAGGAGGUAGUGCUCGGUGACGUGGUGCUGUUCAAAGUGCACGUGCUGCUCGACGCACGCCGGAUGGAGGAGUCCCUUGCGGAAGUUGACUUUCAGCUCAUAUUGGAACUGUGUUUCACCGACACAAACUGCGUGCAAGACGGCUGGAACCUGAUGCAGCCCAUGAGCACCCGCACCCUGGUGCUGCACGUGAGCGCGGGCCGCGGCCUGCACCAGCACCGGCCCGUCAUGUUUGACUACUUCCACCUGGCGGUGGCGUCGCUGUCCGUGCACGGCUCACUCGUCGCCCUGCACCACCCACUCGUCAGCUUCCCGCGGCAGGUGAAAUCGUGGCUCGGACGGAGCUCGCAGACGUUGCCGGCGCGAGACUGCGACAUCCCGGCGCCGGAGAGCGUGCUGUUCGGCAGCGGAUACAGCAGCCAGGGCUCCCCCAACGGCGGGAGCCUGGUGGUGCCGGAGAGCUGCCUGCAGCACGCCCACGAGUUCCACCGCGCCGCGUGCGCCGCCCUGCUCACGUCGUACCGCGCGCUCUUCAACCACUGCGCCGCGCUGCAGCACGAUGUGCCCAGCCUCCAGCUGCCCGCCCAGGCCAUCGCCAGCAUUCAGGGGCUGUACUCGCUUCUGGUGCAGACGCAGAAUCCCGCUCCGUACUGCCCUCGGCUACGCAUAGAAAAAUGUGAUGUCUCCACCAAGCUCUCACAGCUGUGCUCACACGUACAGGGGCUGACCAGUGCGGAGGAGCUGGUGGAGGCCAUCACAGUGGACCUGGCCCAGCUCUGCUCGCUGCUCAUGGCGCUCUGGGCGCAGUUCCUGCAGAGCGUCGCCCUGCGCCCCGACGUCACCGGCUACCUCGCCCGUGAGCACCACCACUCGCGGGUUCGCAGGUUUUCGGAGGCGUUUUUCUGCAUGGAGCACUCCCUGCAGUCGGCGCUCACUUACCAGGAGAUGCAUGCACAAAGCCACGCAUACAUUGCCUCGGUGGUUAAGAACUCCCCGUACCUGAGCAGCCUGCCCAACCUUCCCCUCGAGUGCCUGGAGCUUGAUGGGGACUUCACUUUACUGCCCAUCAUAUUUGAGGACCGGUACCUUCACUCCGUGACCCAAGACGCUGGGAUGGACCUGGCGGACGCCUCCAUCUCCUGGAAGGAGGUGCGGGAGAAUGCACGCCGCUCCUCCUUCACCAUCAAGAUCGAGCGGCCCGAGAACCGGGAGCAGCGCCGCGCCACUUCCUUCUCGGGCGGCUCUCCCCGUUCCGCCGCCCGCCAGCGGUCACCCAAGCUUGGUGGCGGCACCGGAGGAGGAGGCGACAGCCGGGCCCCCGUGGAACCACGUGACACCACCGACAGCGUGGUGAGGGCGAGGCAGCACAAGGCGGACGAGCUCAGCGCCAGUCGGCGGAAAGGUGGCAGAGGCAGCAGUGGUAAUCUCACGAUUGGGUCGCCUUCAACUGACACGCCAGACGAAGACUGCUCCGUGGUGCUACUGGGCUACCGGCAUCUGGAGGGUGACGCCGCAACGGGUGACGCAAAGCUACAACUCCCGCCCCAACGCUCGCCCCAACGCUCGCCCCAACGCUCGCCCCAACGCUCGCCCCAGCGCUCGCUGGACGCCGACCAGCGCUACGCCACGCUGCCGGCAUCUCUCGCCAAGCGGGGCAGCUUUUCCAAGGCUUCCUUCAAGAAGUACUUGAAAUCCGACCAUCACAGCAGCUCACCCGAGGGCAAGGCAUCCAAGGCGGCAGUGCCCACAAAAUGCUUUCCCAGCCCUAAGAAGUGCGCCCCCUUUGGAAGUCCGGAGGGAUCUCCAAAGGCAGCCAAUUCGAAAGCUGAAGCGGCUGACUUAAGCGAGUCGGGGAUAAAGGCGCUGUUUUCGCACGGACUCUCGGGCUUGAAGCAUCUUGGCCAGGCCGGCUCGCAGUCACGCACCUCCUCCGAGACGAGCUUGCUGCGGAACAAAACGAACGAAGCCAAGAGCGCCGCCGUGCCCUCCGCCGUGGGCCUGACGUACCGGCCCCACCCGACGCGAUCGCUGUCGGCGACUGUCGUCCGACCCGAGGCGGUGCCGGCCCCAGCGUCCGGAUUGCGGCGGAUCGAAGUGACGCCGAGCCGCAGCGACCCGUACCGGGGAGAGAAAGUGACGCUGCUCACGCCCACGAGGACGCACGCCGCUCGGGGUGAGCACGUGACUGAGCAGGCGGUCACGCUGCCUUCCCUUGACCCCGUCUCGGAGCCAUGGUCGCCAGACUACACCAAGAGUUUGUUCUUCACCCUGCCUCGUGACGUGAAGGGCGGCAACAAGCGCACGAAGCCGGAAGAGACCGUCGCCCAAGCUCCGGUGUCAGAACGCAGCACGGUGCCCUCAAUAACCGGUGACGUGUCCCUGCUUAAAAGCUCCUCACUCGUGUUCUCCGACUCUGGUAUUGAGAGCGAGCUGAGCUUCUGCCUCAUCGGGGCUACGUCACUCGAGGAUCGCAGCUCCCAGGCGGUUCAGGUCCCGAGCCAGGAGGUGCCCCAGGGUCGCACGACGCAGAGGCCAAAGGGCGCGUCGGAUGCGCCGCAGUCGCGACACGAACCGAACCUGACGCGGGCAGAGAGCGCCAGCUUCCUGAGCAGCGGCGUGCAGUCGUCGCUCGCCUCCAUCAGCUCCCUGCCGUGCGACGAGGACGCAGCCGGGGACGUGCUGCUGUCCCGCGCCAUCAAGUCCUCGGCCUCCAUGCAUUUCGGCGCCCUCGCUUCCCCCUCCCCUUCCUCCUCUGGCCGUGCUGCCGAGCGGUUCGAAAAGCCCACGACAGAGCCGUGCCUCAAGCACGACGUGGCGCUCAAGCUGUCUCGCUCGGACAACGCGCUCAACGUCAUCACGCACUCCGCGGCGGAGUCGCUCGCCUUCUCAAGCGAGCAGGACCAGCGCGCGAAGACGGACUGCGCAGCUGGGGCAGGCUGCCCCCCCAUCCCUCGCGGCAACAACAACAACAGCGCCACUGGACUCUGCAUCGUGGAAAAUCACUUCUCGCCACGAAACAGCGCCGGCGGCGCAGGCGACGGCCGCCCUGAUGCCAGCGGCAGCGAGAUGAGCAGUCCCUCGAAGGGCGAAGCGGAGCGAACGAGCGGGGACGGGGAAGACUCGGACACCGAGACAGAGGACCUGGAGAUGAUCCAGAAUGGCUACUACGACGAGGAUGAGGACAGGACGGCGUUCGACAGCGCGACGGAAGACGGCGCGCUCAGCGACGGCUUCUCGCCCAUGCACGGCAGCAGCGUGAUCCUCAGCCAGAGUGCGACGGUACUGAAGCCCAUCGGCGGAACAUCGCCCGCCUUCGACGGCGGGGUAGGAGGCGUGCCGUCUGACAGUUCGACGGGGGCGGCGAUGCUCGCACCGCCCGGCACGGGCGCUUGCGUCGGCUGCACACCCACCUGCCUGGCGUUUUCGUCAGCGCCACGUGACGCAGACACUUCGCCCGUCCACUCUGGGAUGGCGGUGCCGCGGAAGGCGAUUGGUGGUGGCGGCGGGGGCAGCGGGGGCAGUGGGGGCGGAGGCUCCACAGUUCAGGGUUCACGCGCCCAACUGCUCCACCCCAGCCCCGAGACGCCAGAGGCGAUGAUUAUCACAAGGCAGCCAAUUUCAUCGGCCGCCCAGGGAUCGCCCUGGGGUCAAGAAGACGUGGAUGACAACCCGCAGCUGCAAUGCUUCAUGCGAGCGAAGGAGGAAGUGAAGAAGCAACUCAAGUUCCCGGGCUUCCUGUACAGCGACCAGGCGACCUUCGCCUCGGCCGUGCCUUACUUCGCGCCCGAGACGCCGGACGGUCUCGCCGACGCCGACGCCAUUCAUCUGGUGGUGUGCGUGCACGGCCUGGAUGGGAACAGUGCCGACUUGCGUCUGGUGAAGACCUACAUUGAGCUGGGCCUCCCAACAGCCAAGAUUGACUUCCUCAUGUCAGAGAGAAACCAGAACGACACAUUUGCCGAUUUUGAGACGAUGACGGAUCGCCUGCUGGAUGAAAUAGUUCAGCACAUUCAGAUCUACAGCCUCACGCUGUGCAAGAUCAGCUUCAUUGGACAUUCGCUGGGGACGCUGAUCGUGCGCUCAGUGCUGACAAGGCCACGCUUUCGCUGCUUCCUGCCCAAGUUGCACACCUUCCUGUCACUGUCCGGCCCACAUCUCGGCACCCUAUAUAACAGCAGCGCUCUCGUCAACACUGGGCUGUGGUUCAUGCAGAAGUGGAAGAAGUCUGGAUCGCUGCUCCAGCUGACGUGCAGAGACCAUCCUGACCCUCGGCAGACCUUCCUCUACAAGCUCAGCCAAAAACCAGGCCUGCAGCACUUCAGGAACGUGGUGCUGGUGGGCUCCCUGCAGGAUCGCUACGUGCCCUACCACUCGGCUCGCAUUGAAAUGUGCAAGCUGGCGCUCAAGGAUAAGCAGUUGGGUGCAGUGUACGCUGACAUGAUUGCGAACCUGCUUGGGCCCGUGCUGGCGUCCGAGCGGUGCCGCCUGGUGCGCUACGACGUGGUGCACGCGCUGCCCAACACGGCGAACUCCAUCAUCGGCCGCGCGGCCCACAUCGCCGUGCUAGACUCCGAGCUCUUCCUUGAGAAGUUCCUGCUCGUCAGGGGACUCGACUACUUCCGAUAAUGGCCUGGCAGGGCAGGGAAGGGGGGGAGAGCUUGCCCGACCAGAUACGAGCACCGCGCGUCAUCUCUCUGGAGAGACGCCGACCGUUGGCGCGCGGCUCCUGGGGACGGGGACGGGGGGGGCGGCCGUCAAUCGGUUGCCCUUGUCGGGGGGAGGGGCAGCGCUUGAAAUCGUUGAGGUUAAAUCAUCAUUCUCACGUUUGUUAUUCGCGCAGUUAGCGCAAAGGCAUAUGUAGAAGGCGUUGGGUUUCGCAGACGAAAAUCCGCAGCGGUUUACCCAGGUCACGCUCGCAAAUGAGACUGUCCUGGUGUCUUGAACGAGUUCCCGCCUCGUUAAAAAAAUACGAACGAAAUGAUUUGAGAGUAGGAGGGCGAUGUUGUCCUGUGCUUUUACCCAAUUAGGUCAUUUGCAAGUGACGUUUUUAGAUUUGGACCGUGACGCCAGCACAACAUGGCCCACACCUUUUUCGAAUAACGUGACGGAGUCUAUUGUGACACGUAUUUACGACUUAAUCGGGUCCCGCGGUAUUAACCAGGGCGAACCUCUGCGACAAGCGGCAAGCUGUCCACCGCUCUGGCACGUUCACUGCCCAGCUCUUGCCAGUGCGCUGCGCCGUUUCGGCUUCAGGCCUUGCGCGUCCGUGCGCUGCUCCGCUGAGUUGCAGUUCUCUUGCUGUUGUGUAAUAGGCCAACGUGGAGCAAGGCAGUGGAGGGGGGGGGGGGGUAUGCAUGAUGUGCAGUUGGUGGGCUACUACCUGGGCAUGUAGCUUGCUGCUUUUCCCACAACUGGAUUAAGACCCUGUGACUUAAUAGUGAAUAAUUGCAGUCAAAGCGAGCGAUUCUCUUCUCCGUCUCGUGCUGACGCAGCCGAUUGUCUGUUCGUAACUCGUUUUGUGUUUUGACGCUAAUUCCACUCCACGGAGAUGCAUUUUGGUUCCUAUUUAUCCCAGCUUUGGCAGGAAAAUCUCCUGGUUUAGAUGCCUCGUAAUACGACUUGUGGGGAUAAGAGCACUGACGCCCUGAGUUGUCCAUAGCUGAACGUGGCAUGCACCAUCAUGAUAGCAUGCAAACACACACAGAGGCAGCCGCCUUCAAUAGCAUUUGCUUCAUACCAUGAACAGAUAGAAAAAGAUCCCCAAUGUAGCUAACACAAGCUGUUGGGGUAAGUACUGUUAACCUAUGAAUUCUGACACGGCACACAAGGUAUUUACACACCAUACCAGGCACUCGGUUAUGGUGGAGUCGACCUAGGGGCGGCCCAGGGAACCGGUUCAUAUAUUCGUCACCGUGAGCGGGAAUCGAACGCAGAUCGGCUGGUUGGUAGCUCGGUGGGUCAUCCACUGCACUACCGCCAGCGUGCACGUGUGUACACGGAAGCGAAGUCAUACGUACACGCGCACACACACCCAGGCAGCUGCCUUCAAGAGCAUUCCAGCCACUUUCUCGGUUAAUGCAGAAUCGGCGCUACGCUGCCAGCAGAUGUUUACUUGUUUCUUUAAGUGAUUUGCAAGUGUGAGAUGAUGUGUUUAGACGUCUUUUGUUAAACGGUCGUUAAUUUGUGCGUAAACAGAGUCUCUUCAUUCCAACCACAGCAAGAACAAUUGGGGCUGCACCACAAUUAAUCGUGAGCAGUCGUAUACUGUAUUACAAUUUGUUCCUGUGGAGAUCGGCUUUUAUUUGCGCGUAUUUCAUACUGUGUGGUCGGCUUGAGCCAAGCCUUGACGAUCGAUACGACGAGUUCCCGCAGAAUGCGCUCUCCCCUUUGUCCAAUUUUGGGGAUAAUUGCGCAGGGUAUCGGGCUGUAACUGACAAACACGCGAGUAAUAACCAGUCCGCAUACUUGACGGCAAUAAUGCUGAACGGUGACAAGAUUUACAUGAAUUUCAAGUAAUUUGCUUAGCCCCCAACCUAUCCUUUUC